GUUUGUGACCCGGAUGUUGAUAUGAUGUUAAAUUCUCUGUUUUCCACGGGCAGAUUACAACGAAGAACUGUUAGCAUGUUUAUCCCAUUUCAUUUACGUCAUAAUAUAAAAACUAGAUGCCGAGACUAAUAGAUUCCGGUGCUGUCUGAGGAAAGACGCAGUAUAGUAUUUAAUCAGGCCGCAAGCAAAAGGACAGAAAAUGUCUCAAGAAGGACAUCAAGCAGCCCCCGCGGACACGAGCUUGAGCUCACACGAAUCGCAGAGGACAAACCCCAGGAAGACACCCAUACAAAUCCUGCAUGAAUAUGGCACCAGAAGUGGCAACCUUCCCGUGUACGUGAUGGAGAAGGCCGAGGGAGAGGCUCACCAACCGCACUUUGUCUUCAGCGUGAAGAUCGGAGACGUUGACUGCUCAGGUCAAGGUCCUAGUAAAAAAGCUGCUAAACACCAGGCAGCAGAAGCCGCCCUGAGUAUUCUGCACAUAGAUUACGGCAAAGCGAGCGUUCCCGUCAAUUCUGAAAUUAACGGCGUCGUGGCAGAAACAAACAACCAGCCCAACUCCGUGGGGAUACUGCAGGAGUUGGCAUUGCAGAGAGGAUGGCGUCUUCCUGAGUACAGCGUUUUAAUGGAGGCCGGUCCGCCGCACAAGAGAGAAUUCACUGUUACUUGUAGAAUGGAGUCCCUGUCGGAGAAAGCCGCAGGAAAUUCAAAGAAGGCGGCGAAGAAGGCCGCCGCGGAGCAAAUGGUGCUGAAACUGCAGAGCCUGUCGGGCUGUUCUGACAUCACGUGGACGCCCAAACCGAGCGUCCGGUUUGAGAACCUGAGGAACUCGACGGCGGAGACCAUCUGUCUGCUGAGGAGAAACCCGCUGAGCAUUCCCAACACGGACUACAUUCAGAUGAUGCUGGAGCUGUCCAAGGAGCAGGGCUUUGAGGUCACGUACUUCGACAUCGCUGGAUAUGAAAAAGGCCAAAAGAGACCGGUAACCUACCUUGCCAGAAGGUGAAGUUCUUUGACUCACAGUGGCAGGCGGAGAUGGGAGGAUGGUGGCUCACCUGUGAAACAAGAUCAAACUGGCUAAGCUUUGUGGGGAAAUUGUCAUAAGAAUGUUAAUUCUUGAGAAUAUAGUGGUCCUCUUUUGUGAGAAGCACCGUGUUCCAAUCAUCGUCCAAAUGGACAUUUGUGCCAAAGUAAUAACGUCCUAAUUACUAUGUUAAAAUUCAAGUCACAGCAUAGUACAUAAAACGUGUCAGCAGUCAUAUCCCGUGUUAAAUUAGAAAGAAAUCAAUAAGAGUUAUGAAUGAUUCAAAUGUUAAAGAAGCCAUGAUAUCGUUUGUAAUGAAAAAUGUAAAAAAAAAUGUCUGAGCAGAGUGAGUCAUAAAACAUUUAUAUUUAAAUAAACCAUUUUGUGUCAUUUUUUAUUCAGCGAGGGGUUCCAUUUGCACAAAGCUUUGGCCGAAUCUGUGUUGGUCACAAGAAUAAAAAGGUCUGGGAACCACCGCUAUGAUCCACUGUCCAAACCAACUAAUGAACUGAAGGGGAGCUUAUUAUGAUUAUUAUUAUAAUCUCAGAUGAGAACAAGGUGGAUACAUCCAAUAUCCAAUAUGACGCUUCUGUCUAAAAUAAACUUUGCAUCUUGAAAUAUUUCACUCCUCAAAACAUAAACGAACAA